CCUUUCACUGUUUCGACCGCGAGAAUGUGCAUUUUUGUAUUUUAUACAACAGUUUAUACAGGAGUCAAUCCCAGAUAUUGUUAUUGUCAACAAAGCUGGAGAACAAGGGGACGUAGGGGGAACAACAGGGGAAUAAAGGUCCACGGAGGAAGGAAAGUAACGCACAGGACGCCGCCGCAUCAUUUCACCUGGACACUUGGGAGGAAGGAUCGGAGGAUCGAAGGAGGGAGAAAAGAGCCAAAGGUGACAGUAAACAGGGGCGGACACGCACAGGACGGGACUCCUUUAUUUCUCCUCAUGGUGGUUUAGACGCUCGUAGCAUGUAUGAGAAGUUAACAAUGCUGAACCUGCAGAGCGGCUCGAACUGGAGCGGGCCUAACAACUGGUACCAUGACCCCACCAGCGUUCAGACGCAACACAGCACAGUGUCUGAGGGCUGUCUGCUGGACACGGAGGGCAGCAUUGGGGGGGAGGCGGUGGGAGGAGGGACGGGCAGAGGGGGAGGAGUCCCUAUGGAGAGGGACGACGGCGAGGAGUCUCAGCUGAGGCUGCAGCUCAAGAGGAAGCUGCAGAGGAACAGGACCAGCUUCACGCAGGAGCAGAUCGAGGCUCUGGAGAAAGAGUUUGAAAGGACACAUUACCCAGAUGUCUUUGCGAGGGAGAGAUUGGCGAACAAGAUUGAUCUACCAGAGGCCAGGAUACAGGUGUGGUUCUCAAACCGAAGAGCCAAGUGGAGGCGGGAGGAGAAGCUGCGCAAUCAAAGGAGGACAGGGAACGCAACUUCCUGUUCACAGAGCCAAGCCCCUCUGACCACUUCCUUCAACACAUCCGUCUAUCAUCAUCAGCAGCACGGCAGCAGUUCAGGGUCCAUGUUGAGUCAGGCUGAGUCGUCCCUGCCCAGCUACAGCUCCCUGUCAGUUUUCUCAUCUGGAGUCCAGUCUAUUCCUCCCCAGUCGGCCUCCUCCUACUCCUGCAUGUUACCUCCAUCCCCCUCCACCCCGCGCAGCUUUGACUCAUCGGCGUACUCCUCCCCUCAUCUGCAGACUCCGUCCUCGGCCAACUCCAACACUGGGCUCAUAUCACCCGGCGUUUCAGUGCCAGUCCAGGUUCCAGGAGCUGAUCAGCAGAGCAUGAGUCAUAACCUGGGUCAGUACUGGGCCAGAUUACAGUGAUCAACAGACAAUCGCUGCCAACAAAAGAAGAACGAAAAAAAGGGGCAUGUAACAAAAAAGUGUCAAGAAAACAAUAUGGGGGACACACGGGUUUUAAAGGAAGCACAGGACUGAGCUAUAGAGGGGGCCUCAAUGAGUUGCAGACCCCUGAAAUGCAUUAAAUGUUUACAAAUUCAACCAAGAGCAGCUUUGGUUGCACUCGACAGUACUCUGGUCAUACUGGUAUUUGCUUAGUAUUAUCAAGUUGCACUUUUUUUGUUUGGAUAUUGUUAAUCAUAGGGCUGAGGUCAGGAUUAGAAAUAGGAUCAGUUUGAGGUGUGUUUAGAAUUAAAAUAGAGUCAGGGUAGGAUCAGGCUUAAGUUAGGGUUUAGGUUACACCGUCUGUGGAGAUGCUUUUUAUUACCCGAUAGUUGGAGAAGCGUCGGGCCCUUCAAAAGAUUUACUAUAUUUUAUUGUGUCGAAUAUUUUGGCUUUUACUUAGACUGAAAGUUUCAUGAUCCACAAAAAACAGGGAAAAAGAAAAUGUACUCUGGAUAAAAAAAAAAGAACUAAAUACACUGUGAGAUGUGGUUGAAAGCUCUGUGGACUUUUGAGCUUAGAUUAUUUUGCUACAUACGUUUUAACAAAUUUUAUCCGUAGAGGUGGCAGAAGAGGUUUGAAUUAUAAACAGAAAGUCAACCCGAUUACUACGAGCUCUCUAUGGCCCAUAAACUUAAAGGUACAGUGUGUAGGAUUUGGUGGCAUCUAGUGGUGUGGUUGCAGAUUGCAACCAA